AUGUCACAAUCAACACCAACAAAAAGAAAGAAACCAGAAUCUAAUAAUGCUUCUGCUUCAACAACAAAUGGAGGAUCACAUCAAUUACAUUCAAGAGAAUUAAAGAGAGCAACUACAGUUAGUUAUAUCUAUGAAGAUGAGGAGAAUACAAUGGAAGGAAAGAUCAAACCAUUGAAUGGGUUUGUUACACCACUUUUAACAGACAUGUAUCAGAUUACGAUGGCAUAUAGUUUGUGGAAGAACAAUAGACAUGACAUUCCGACAGUUUUCGAUCUCUACUUUAGAAAGAACCCAUUUGGUGGUGAGUUUACAGUGUUUGCAGGUUUGGAAGAGGUCAUUCGUUUUGUUAGUGACUUUCACUACACCGAGGCCGAGUUGAAUCAUGUGCGCGAAUUGAUUCCAGAUUGCGAUCCUGGCUUUAUCGAGUAUCUUCGUCAACUCGAUUCGUCAGACGUGUCACUAUACGCCAUCAAAGAGGGGUCUGUGGUCUUUCCACGUGUGCCAUUGGUUCGUGUAGAGGGUCCACUCGCCAUUUGUCAGUUGCUCGAAACCACCUUGUUGUGUUUGGUCAACUUUGCCAGUUUGAUCGCCACCAAUGCUGCACGUCACCGUCUCGCUGUUGGAAAGGACAAGAUCAUGCUCGAGUUUGGACUGCGUCGUGCGCAGGGUCCAGACGGUGCCAUGUCGGCAUCGAGAUAUGCGUAUUUGGGAGGUGCAGAUGGUACCAGCAAUGUGUUGGCUCACUGCUUCUUUGGUAUCCCGGUCAAGGGUACACACGCACACAGCUUUGUCACGAGCUACCACAGCACCGAUGAUCUGCCCGACCAGACCAUCAAAGAUGCCAAUGGCAAGUCGCACAACCUACUCGACAUGGCACUCAAGUACUUGAAAGAGCUAGAUAUCAAGACGGUUACGAGCGAGUUGGUUGCGUUUGUAGCGUAUGCACGUACUUUUCCAAAAGGAUUUUUGGCAUUGGUCGACACUUAUGAUACUUUGGGGUCAGGCGUACCCAACUUUAUCAGCGUUGCGUUGGCAUUGAACGAAAUUGGGUAUCAAGCACUCGGCAUCCGUUUGGAUAGUGGUGACUUGUCUUAUUUGUCAAAAGAGUCGCGCAAGAUGUUCCAACAAGUCGGUCAAAGAUACUCUAUCGACUUUUUCGCCAAGAUGCAGAUUGUAGCAAGCAAUGAUCUCAAUGAAAACACCAUUUUGGCACUGAAUCGCCAGGGACACGAGAUUGACGUGUUUGCCAUCGGUACCAACCUCGUCACAUGUCAGGCUCAACCUGCACUCGGAUGUGUCUACAAACUAGUCGAAAUCAACGGAUUGCCACGUAUCAAGUUGUCACAAGAAACCAACAAGGUCACAUUACCCGGAAGAAAAGACGCCUACCGUCUCAUUGGAGAGGCCGGUCACCCACUCAUUGACCUGCUCACCUAUAGCGGUGCCAACUGUGACAAGAAAAAGAUCGCAGACCAAGUGCCCCAACCUGGCCAAAAGAUUCUCUGCCUGCAUCCAUUUGAAGAACAAAAACGUGUCAUUGUGACACCAUCCAAAGUACAAAAGCUACAUCAAUUAGUAUUUGACAAGGGGUCCCUCGUUGACCCUCUUCCAAGACUCGAAGAUAUCCGAUCUUUUUGUCUCGAACAACUCACUCACAUCCGUGAAGACCACCUACGCGCCAGUAAUCCAACUCCCUACAAAGUUUCCCUCACUCAAGAACUUUAUGAUCAACUUCAUGAUGUUUGGAUGUCAAGUCGUUUAGUUAAAGAAAUGAAAUAG